AUGAGCGCUCCAAAUGAAAUUGUUUGGUUGGGCAAACUCUUUUUGUUCAGAUUGAACAACAAAGUCGUCGACACCUAUGAAUCUUGCAAGAAGAAGAUUUUGGACAAGGUCAAUAACAAGAAAGUUAAGAAGGUUGAAGUUGUUGAAGAGGUUGAGGUUCAGCAGCCUACCAGAAUCAUUCAUUUGUGGCUCAAUUUCGGGAGAGACUUCAAGCAACCGGCGGAGCGGAAAAUUAGCGUCUUGGCUAAAUAUUACCGACCAUCCCUCACAACCUCAUCAUCACCACCAUCGCAUCAACAACUCCACCAGCACUCUCUCUUUUUCUCGCAAAUCGUCACAUCGCAAUCCGUUUUUCCAAUUAUCGCGAGUCUUUCCAAAAUGUCUUUUACACGCGCCAUUCCUCGCGCUACCAGCACCAUCGUCCGCACACAAUCAGCAGUUCUCAACCAAGCACGAAAUUUGUCCAUCACCGCAGCCCGAAAAUCAGCAGAUCAUGGUGACCACUAUGAGCCACCGAGCGGAUGGUUAUUUGGAGUGAAACCUGGAGAGAAGGCGGAGAAGGAGGGAUGGGAGAAUUUAUGGGUGUACGGGUUUUUUGGAACUUGUGCUUUUGGAAUUGUGGGUUAUGCAGUUAAGCCAGAUACCUCGAUACAAACAUGGGCAUUAGAAGAAGCACGCAGAAGGCUAGAAGCCGAGGGGAUCUUGAAGGAGCCAGAAGACAAAUCAUAAACCAUUAUACUAUUGGGCAAGCAAUUCACAAUGGAGAAUCUGGAACUGGAUGGAACGCUCAAGGACGAAGGCUGAUGGAGCAGGGGAGUUGUACAUACGAAGGAUUGAUGAUGGAAGGCUAUGAACAUCUUGCGCAGAAUUCCAAGAUGUACGGGUUGCACGGAAUAUUAUGCGUGCUAAUAGAACGAAG